AUGCUGAAGCCCCGCCUCGCCCGAACUUGUCUGAAACAUUUCCUUGAUCCUACUAAGCCACUAGGCGCCAAUUACGGUGGCAUUAUUGGUUUGCAGGCUAUUGGAGGUUCGGAGAUUGUCCGUGCCCUAAUUGUACCGAAUCUAAAGGAGUAUGAAGAACUCGUGAAGGAUGCUAUUGAUGCAAUGGAUGAGGGCAAAAGGAACGAGGGAGAGAUGGUUUUCAAAGCAUUACUAGAAGCGCUCGUAUCGCUAGAGGAAGAGAGCGUUGGGGCAGUCAAUGGGUUCGCCAAUGGGCAUGCUGCAGAGAUGAGGAAGGAGUUGGGCGACAAGAUUGGAGACUUGUUUGCGGAGAGAGUGCUGGAGCUGGGAAAGCCAAGGCUGGUAAGGGCGAUCAUGGAGUGUUGA